CUGUUUUGCGGUGUUUUUGGCGCUGCUGCCUGUUUUGCGGUGUUUUUGGCGCUGCGUUCAGGUGGAUCUGAGUUGUUUCCGGUCUCUGGAGGCUGACUGCUCGGCGGGAUGCUGUCCUCUCUCUCCCGGAGCUCCGCCCGCCUCGGAUGCUGCUGCUGCUUGUUUAUCUGAUUACAGCCUUGCAGGAGCUGCUUUCUCCUUAAAGCGACACCAGUUUAAUUAAUCAGCCUGAACCAGCAGCAGCAGCAGCAGGAGGAAGAGGAGGAGGAGGAGGAAGGAGCCCGACGCGCAGGAUGCAGAUGAAGAGCAGCAUCCAUCUUCUCGCUGCCUCCCUGAUCUCGGCGCCUUGGAGGAGGAUUAUGAACCCGAUCUGAGCCGCCAUGGAUGCGGGGAAACCCUCCGGCUUCUCCUCGGAUUUCCACCUUGCGGGAUGAGCGGGCCGUGAACGCGGCACGCAUCCAGCUAGUCGGUGAAGCUGCGGAGUCUCCAGCGCGGCCUCUGUGAGGUAACACCGCACCCCGAGCCUUCCUCCCUCCACCCCCACAUGGACCCCUGACAAACGCCUUUAGCUCCGCCGCAGACGCGCUGCGCCGAUGCGGCGCGCCGAUGCGACGCGCCUGGUUGUCCGCGCUGCGCGCCGGGCUCCGGCCGCUCGCUGAGGCGCUGGUCCGGGACGGCGGCUGCCCGCGGCGCGGCAGGAUGGUGCGCAUCGCCAGCGCGCUGGGGCUCAUCAUCUUCAGCGUGGCGCUGCUCAUCCUGUCGCUCAUCAGCUACGUGUCCAUCAAGAAGGACUUCCUGCCCGGAUCCCCGCGGUUCGGACCCAACGGAGGCCCCAGGAUGUACAUGUUCCACACGGGGUUCCGCGAGAGGCCUCCUCGUAAGCCUGACCUGAGCUCCCAGCUGGCCAUGAAGCACCUGGACCCAGACUUCCUCCCUCUGUCCAACGCGCUGACCGAGGGUCUGCAGAACGCCUCCAGGUGGAGGCACAACAGCACAGCGUUCACUCAGCUGAGGACGGAGAUUUCUCAGCACAUCGACAUCCCGCGAAACUUCACGCUGACCCGGGACUCCGUCAAAGUCGGCCAGCUGAUGCACUUUGACUAUUCCAGCCACAAGUACGUCUACUCCAUCGGUGAGAACUUCCGCUCGCUCCUGCCGGAAGUGUCGCCCGUCCUCAACAAGCGCUACAACGUCUGCGCCGUCAUCGGGAACAGCGGCAUCCUCACCGGGUCGCGCUGCGGGGCCCAGAUAGAGAAGUACGACUUUGUCCUCCGAUGCAACUUCGCGCCAACGGAGAUUUUUAAGAAGGACGUCGGGCGGCGGACCAACAUGACGACCUUUAACCCCAGCAUCCUGGAGAAAUACUACAACAACCUGCUGACUGUGCAGGACAGGAACAACUUCUUCCUGAGCCUGAAGAAGCUGGACACAGCCAUCCUGUGGAUCCCGGCGUUUUUCUUCCACACGUCAGCCACGGUGACCAGGACGCUGGUGGACUUCUUCGUGGAGCAUCGGGGCCAGCUGAGGGUCCAGCUGGCCUGGCCCGGAAACAUCAUGCAGUACAUCAACAACUACUGGAAAACCAAGCAGUUGUCUCCGAAGCGCCUGAGCACGGGGAUCCUGAUGUACACGCUGGCGUCCUCCAUGUGCGACCAGGUCCACCUGUACGGGUUCUGGCCCUUCGGCUGGGACCCCAACACCGGGAAGGAGCUGCCGUACCACUACUACGACAAGAAGGGCACCAAGUUCACCACCAAGUGGCAGGAGUCCCACCAGCUGCCGGCCGAGUUCAAGCUGCUCCACCGGAUGCACAGCGAGGGCCUGCUGAAGCUCAGCCUGUCGCACUGCGCUUAGCGCCUGGAUUCAGGGCUAACCGGCACAGCUAGCGCCCAAACUACGCCCAAACUACGCCCAAACUACGGUCCAAUUACGGAAAGCACCGGACCUGGAAGAAAGCAAAAUCAGGGCUGAGACGUAACUGACCUGAGUGAAUUUCCCCAAACCUGCUUCAAAGCUAACAAAAUUAGCAUAAUUAGCAUAAAAUUAGCAUCAAACCUUUGUGCUGCGUUUGUGCUUCAGAAAUGUUUAUUUGUGCUUCUUUUGCUUAGAAAACCUUAAUGAAAGUUUAUUCAUUGUUCUGUAAAUGSGACUAAGGGAUGUUUGAACUCUGGAAACUUUCUUAUUAAUAUUUUAAAAAUGACAGCAGCACAAAUUAAAAUCUUUGCUGCACAAACGUUUAACACCAGUUUUGUUGUCUCUGGGCCRGUUGACCUUCUGACCUUUAAACUUUCUUCAAUAUCUUUAAAGCCAUAAGCGGCACAAAUUAAAUUUGCUGCAGCACAAACGCAGCAGAGUUGAUUGACACCAAUUUUGUUUGAUUUCGUUUUGGAGCUGGUUGACCUCUGACCUCUGGAUGCAUUUAUCUUUGACAUGCUAGCGUCACAAAAGCAAAUUUUUGCUGCACAAACGUAGAUUUUGUUGGAUUUGAAGAAGGUGGGCUGCCGACUUCACUGAGGUGAGGAAACGGCUGCAGCUCUGGGAAAGAAUCUGCAAACGGCAACAAUCCAAAACGCUGAAGCUUUUGUUGUUUUCUAUCGUUUAAAAUGAAACAUUUAUCAAGCUGUUUUCUAUUUCUGCGUUUCUGUUCACAGCAAAAAGCCUGGUGUUAAUUUAACUCUGAAGAGUGUGGACAAUAUAAACACUGGAAAAAAGUGUUAAUAUCAACACU